AGCCAUUGCCAUCACCAGCAGCACAGGGGACAGAAGGCCUUUCCUUGGGGCCCAGGCGACGCAGGCCCUUAGUGCCCCUCCAAAGACUCAGACUGCUGCCUUGGAAGCCCUGGGUCCUGCGUGGCCCCUGCCCCCGAGGACGCCCAUGACCCUGGGGCUGGCCCUGCUGGCUUUGGCCAGUGCUGUGGGUCUGAGCCAGGCCAGCAGCUUUACAGAAAAAGGCCUGUCCUUGCUGAGCUACCAGCUGUGCAGCUACCUGGAGACCCGAAGCGUCCCGAGAGUGGAGGCUGUCCAGACUUCCCACGUUGUCCACACGUCCUGCGGGGGCUGGAUCCCAUGGAGGUGGUGCCCCAAGACUGUUUACAGGACACAGUACCUGACGGUGGAGGUCCCCGAGUCCAGGAACGUGACCGACUGCUGCAAGGGCUACGAGCAGCUCGGCCUCUACUGCGUCCUGUCCCUGAAUCGGUCUGGGGAGUUUGCAUCAAGACCUGGUGUCUGCCCAACAGCAGGGCCACAGCUACCCACCUCACAGUGCAGCUCGGACACUGAGUGCCCUGGGCUUCAGAAGUGCUGUCCCUGGUCAGGGGGCCACCACUGUGUGGCUCCCACACCUCACGAUGCAGGUGCAGCUCCAGAGAGGAGCCGGGUGAGCUGGUACAACGUGACCAUGCUGGUGAAGGUGGACUUUGUGGACCUGCAGCAUGUGGACCCCGGGCUGCAGAACCACACGCGCCUUCUGUGCUCCUUGGUCACCAGUGCCUUGCAGCUGCUGGACCCCGCUGUGCACUACCUGAGCUCAGCCAGACAGGACCCCUCCACCACACUGUCAUGGCUGCUGCUGGGUCUGCCUCAGCUGCUGCCGGUGGCCAAGGUCUCCUCUAUGCUGAAUGACAUCGUGAAGCGGGUCUAUGAAGUGGUCAGCAUCCAGGUGCAAGACGUGGACGAGUGCUCCCACCAUGGGCUCCAUGCCUGCUCUGGAGAGGAGCUGUGUGUGAACGGGGAGGGCUCCUACCAGUGCGUCUGCCCACAGGACUCCUCGGCCUCGGCUCCCCAGAAGCUGAACGGCACGGGCAAAGAUUGUCCUCCGAUCCGUGACUACGUGGCCCUCAACGUCACCAGCAGCAGUUUCCGGGUGUCCUGGGGUCUGAAUUCCACCCAGAACCACACCUUCCACGUCCAGCUCCAGCGGGGUGAGCUGGUGCUCAGACGCGCCUGGACCAGCGACCUGGGCCUGGAGGUGGCUGGGCUGGAGGCCGGGGUGCUGUACGGUGUGAAGACCAGCUACCAGGGCUGCGGGGCCAACGUCUCCGCCUGGCUGACCGUCAAGACAGAUGCCCAGGUUUUUGGACUUACAAUAAGGAUCGUGAACUGCAACCUGACGGAGCAGGUACUCAACUAUAGCAGCGUGGAACACAGGGACUUCUCCCGACAGCUGCUGCAAGAGGUCGAGAACUCCUUCCCACCAGCAGUUUGUGACCUUUACCGACGUGGGAAGCUGAGGAUGCAGAUGGCGUCUCUCCAGGUGGGGAGCGUGGUGGUGAAGCUGAGGCUCACAGUGCAAGACCCCGAGUUUCCAGUGGGUGUCUCCACCCUGGCUCCCCUGCUCCAGCUUCUGCCUUCAAGCACAGUGUUCCAGAUCGACCAGCAGGGGACGGCCGUGCAAGACUGGGACGAGUGUGCAGACAGCUCGGAGCACGACUGCUCCCCCGCCGCCGACUGCAUCAACCUCGAGGGCUCCUACACCUGCCAGUGCCGCACAGCCAGGGACGCCAACCCCUCCCGGGCUGGCCGCGCCUGCGAGGGUGAUGUGGUGAGACCCACGGGAGGUGAACUAUCUGCAGCAACAGGAGUGACAGCCUCAGCCCUCGGCACAGGGACAACCACCCUGUCCCUCAGACCCAGGCAUCCAUGGGACACCCUGGCAGCAAGCCAGGCCCAGACCCCAAGACCCCCACCCAGGAGAGGGGGCAGUGGCACAGUCGGGAACAACAGGAACAGCACAGGGCAAGGCGUGGAGAAGGAGGCGCCCAGUAUGGCCCUGGGCCUGGGGACCAGCCAAGGGAGCACCAGCGUGGUGGCCAGCACCUCUUCCUUCAGGGGUCCUGGGCCAACCCAUGUCUCCCCUCAGGGGGACACGGACAGCCCACUAGACCCCCCUGGACAGUUAUGGGGGAGCCCCACCAUGGAUCCACUCUUCUGGCCUGUGCCUGCGGAGGACCCCACGGGCCACAGUGUGUGGCACACCAACCUUCCCACUCAAAAGACAUCACUGAACGCCACAAGACUGCAGGACAAGGACCCUGGACCUUCCCCCUGGAUAGACCUGGUGUCGACCCCCAUUCCUGCCCCCCUGGAGCCCCCUGCCUGUGCCCCUGUCCCUAUCCAGAGGGUCACGGUCUCCAAUGUGACCAGCACCAGCUUCCACCUGGCGUGGGUGGCGAACCUUACCUUGCACCCCACCUUCCGGCUCUCCCUGGCCUCCCCACGGAGCCCUGCCGUGGGCCUGGAGACCCGAGACACAAGCAUGACUGUGUCAGGGCUGGAGCCUGGCAUCCUGCACCUGGUGGAGAUCGUGGCCAAAGUGUGUGGGGAAGAAGGUGCCCGAGCACACCUGAAAGUGAGGACAGCCGCCCAGAAACUCAGUGGCAAAGUCAGACUAGCAAACGUCAGGUUUUCAGAAUCCUUGUGCGAUUCAAGCAGCACGGAGCACCAGCGCUUCCUGGGGCUCUUCUUCAGAAGGGUGAGGGACCCCUUGCCAGCCACCCUGCGUCGGCACAUGGACUCCGGCGGGAUCCGAGUGGACGUCACGAGCAUCGCCAACGGCAGCGUGGUGGUGGAGUUUGAUCUGCUGGUGACCGCGGACCUGGACGUCAGGGAGGUGUCUGUGGCGUUCCUCUGUGCCCUACAGAACGCGUCUCUGCUGGGAGCCAGCAGGGACAGUGCCUCCAUAUGGGAUUAUGACGAGUGUGAGAGGCAGGAGGACGAUUGUGCGCCGGGGACAUCCUGCCGGAACACCCUUGGGUCUUUCACCUGCAGCUGCCAGGGAGGCGCCCCGGACUUCCACGUGGAAUAUUCUGGAAGACCUUGCGAAGGAAGCUCUCCUGGCAACUUGACCCAGGCUCCCAGCCCAGAGCAGCUGCCCACACCAGCAGGGACCAGGGCUGCGCUCAGGACAGGUGACAGGCCCACCCCCCAGGACCUGCGCCCGCGGCUGAACCUGACGGGCGCAGUCAGGGUGCUCUGCGAGAUUGAGAAGGUGGCCAUCGCCAUCCAGAGACGCUUCCUGCAGCAGGAGGCCAUCCCCGAGUCCUCCCUGUACCUGGGACAGCCCUCCUGCAACGUGAGCAGCAGCAACAGCACCCACGUGCUCCUGGUGGCCGGCUGGGGAGAGUGCGGGACCCUUGUGCAAAGCAAUGUGACAAACACUGUAGUGAGGACCAUGCUGAGGAAUGACCUGUCCCCAGAGGGAAUCAUCCACCACCCGAAGAUCCUCAGUCCCAUCCACUGUGCCUUCCAGAAUGACCUCCUGACUUCCUUGGGCUACGCCCCAGAGUGGGGCGUUCACACCAUCCUCGAGGACCUCCACGGCGCUGGGAAUUUUGUCACCGAAAUGCAGCUGUUCAUCGGAGAUUCUCCCAUCCCUCCAAACCACAGUGUGUCGGCCAGCGAAGACAUCACCAUCGAGGUGGGGCUCUGCAGACAGAACAGCAAGCUCAAGGUGGUCCUCACGGAGUGCUGGGCCACCCCCUCCAGCAACGCCCGGGACCCCGUCACUUUCAGCUUCAUCAACAACAGCUGCCCCGUCCCCAACACCUACACCAGUGUGAUCGAGAACGGCAACUCCAGCAAGGCCCAGUUUAAGCUGAGAAUCUUCUCCUUCAUCAAUAACUCCGUGGUCUACCUGCACUGCAGGCUGCGUGUCUGCGUGGAGUCCCCCAGAGCCACGUGCAAGAUAAGCUGCAAUGACUUCCGGUCACCGAGACGCAGUCGAGGCUCCGAAGUGCAGCAGAUGUCCUGGGGGCCCCUCGUCCGGGCACAAGGUGCCUCUCCAGGUGCAAAGCCAGGCCUGGGGACCGGCCACGUGGUUCUCAUCGCGGUGGCCUGCCUGGUCAUGGUGGCGGGGGCCGCAGCCUUUCUGAUCAUGCGCUACCAGAAAUUGACUGGAAAAUACAACUUUAGCACCCAGGCGGACAACUUCAGCUACCAGGUGUUCUCCGAAUAGGAGGCCCGCCGGCCUGCAGGUCACCGUGAGUCAAGCAUUAGCAGGCGUGUACUCCGUGGGGUGCUCUGUGCCAGCGUUAGGACGAGCCCCGACGUGAUGACGGCCGGCCUUUCCGCCCUCAGGAGGCUGUCCUGCUGGAGAUGUGGGCAGAGCACUGGGAGAGCCCCGGCCCUCAAGCCCCGCCCAGACACCACCCCUCCAUUGCCCAAGCCACCUGCACAUCCCUAGCCCUCCUGGCCCCUCACUGUCCAAGCUGCUCCAAGUGACCCUGGCUCACUGAAGCCAGUGGCCAGCAUGCUGUCAAUCACACGGCUCUUCACAUUUCACAGACACUUGACAGUCCUGGCGAAGCUCUUUUACAAAUAGCUCCAUCCUUUAAAUGCAUUGCUCAUGCUAUUUUUAAUAGCUGUAUACACACUCUAACAUUUCUUCCGCCUUCUUAGCAGGUCAUUUUUAUUUACAAAACAGUAACACAGAAGGUACUCUAUUAAAAUGAAAAUUGUCCUAGU